AUGGCAAGAAAACCCGAAACCGACGGUGAAAACCGAAAACUGAACAAUUUGGGUCGGGUUCAGGGACCUCUUAACGGGUACGGGGAGGGGAUCGCGGAGAGUUUCGGGGAUUAUAUCGGGAACGGGGAUGGUGGUAUCAGAUAUGGAAAUACAAUGAAACUGUCCACACUAACUGUUGAUAAUUGUACCACAAAUGAUGCAAUAAUCAACAUAUUGUUGGACAAGCUUCCUAUGAGUUCACUUAUGAUGUGUGGGAGUCUUAGAUGGAUUGGCUGUUCUUGGGAUGGAAUUGAAAGGAUUAGAGAUAGUGUGGCCUUUUGGACUGCAUCGCCAAAAAGAGAUCAAAAGUUUGAGAAAGCAGCUCGCCAAUUGGGAAUAUCAUCCACCAAGAAAUUGGCACUUGAUUGUAAGACUCGAUGGAACUCUACUUAUUUGAUGAUUAGUGUUGCUAUAGUUUACAAAGACGUCUUUCAACGCUUACACCAACAAGAGCCUCAGUAUAAAAAUUUGCCAACGCAACGAGAUUGGGAGUUUGCUAAAGAGAUUUGUGAUAGAUUGCAAUUAUUUUAUGAGGUAACAGUAAUGUUUUCUAGUUCAAAGUAUCCCACUACAAAUGAAUUUUUUCCAUCGAUAUGUGAAAUUAGAUAUUCUUUGGUCGAUUGGUCAUGUUCUCCUAGUGAAGUUAUUAGACACAUGGCUAAAAAGAUGCUUUUGAAGUUUGACAAGUAUUGGUCUGUUAUACAUGGAAUUAUGGGAAUGGCAGUGGUUUUAGAUCAUCGGUAUAAAUUGAAGUUUGUGGAGUUACUUUUUCCCGUGUUGUAUGGACAAGACAAAUCGGCGAUUGAACUUGAGAAGCUCAAGGAAUUGGUCUACACUUUGUUUCAAGAAUAUGAGUUUAGUAAUCCUGGCGUAAGAAACAACAACGAAGGUGUUAGUGGUUCGUCUUUUUUAAGUUCAGGGUCUUCAGCAAGUCAUCAGAUUGAAUUUAAAAAACUCUUAUCAAAUAUUGCUUCAAUUGCCAACCAACAUGAUGAUUCAGGUACUACAACAGAAUUGGAUAAUUAUUUGAAAGAUAAACUUUUGCCUAAAGACAUGGAACUUGAUUUGCUACUAUGGUGGAAGACAAAUGGGUUUAAAUACCCAACACUUCAAAGGAUGGCUAGAGACAUAUUAGCCGUUCCUAUUUUGACUGUCGCCUCAGAAUCUGCAUUUAGUACCGGUGGAAGAUUGGUAACUCCACAUCGUAGUCGACUUCUUCCAAAAACAUUGGAGGCUCUAAUGUGUGCUCAAAAAACUUGUUCAGAUGAGACCGAAGCAUAUUGCCGUACGAUUGAGUAUGAUUAUGACGUGGAAGAGGAAGCUAAGGGAAGUGAAAGCUUGGGUUGA